AUGGACCCACAAUCCCGCCCGCUCGCUGGCCGAGUCCGUAAAAAUACAAACAUCGACUCUACGAUCGUUCAUCCCGGCACAAUCCGAAUCAACGUCUCCGGCGCAUUUAUAGUGGACGAGGAAGCCAGUUCUCCACCCAAAGCGUUGAAAACUAGUGGAACGAAUGAUAUUCGAUUACCGCACCAUACCAGCGAGGUAUCGCAUAUCGCUGUCGAUAUCGGUGGCUCCCUUGCCAAACUCGUCUACUUCACCCGAGACCCCCACACAACCGGCGGCCGUCUAAACUUCACGAAUUUCGAAACCGACAAUAUCGACGAUGUAAUCUCAUACAUGGGGAUCCUGAUAAACGGCCAAAUGCAGCGGUCUUUACUUUCGAACCCACAGAAUGCGGGUGGUAAACGUGGCAGACCCAGUGAUUUGUGCGUUAUGGCUACAGGGGGUGGAGCGCAUAAGUAUUAUGAAAAGAUUAGUGAGGCGUUGGAUGGGGUUACGGUUUAUAGAGAAGAUGAGAUGGAGUGUUUGAUUGUGGGGUUGGAUUUCUUUUUGAAGGAGAUUCCGGAGGAGGUUUUUGUUUAUAGUGAUGAGGAAGGGAUGAGGUUUGUGGAGCCUGGGGAGGAGGGGAAUAUUUAUCCUUAUCUUCUGGUCAACAUUGGUUCUGGAGUCAGUAUGAUCAAAGUCUCCGGCCCCCAAAAGUUCGAACGUAUAGGCGGUACAUCACUCGGCGGCGGAACACUAUGGGGCUUAUUAUCCCUCCUAACCGAUGCACGAUCGUUUGAUGAAAUGCUACAGCUGGCGGAUAAGGGCGAUAAUACCAGUGUUGAUAUGCUAGUCGGGGAUAUCUACGGAACAGAUUAUGGAAGAAUUGGAUUGAAGAGUACCACUAUUGCCAGUACGUUUGGGAAAGUGUUCAAAAAGAGCGUUGAAGAGCCUGGAGAGGAUGGAGCGAAUGGGGUUAAUGGGAAUGCUGUCAAUGGGGAAGCUCACGGGGAGGUCAAUGGGAGUGCGAUUGUAGAUGAUGAUGACGAUGACGAUAACCACUACCAUCACGAAGAGGUGGUGGCGAUGGAUGGAGAAGGAAAGAGUCUACCAGAUCCCACUGUUGAAAGGACCAAAACCAAGAAGAUGAAGAACUUCAAGGCCGAGGAUAUUAGCAGAAGCCUCCUUUACGCUAUAAGUAAUAACAUCGGCCAAAUAUCUUACCUCCAAGCGCAGCAUCACAAUCUCGGGAGGAUAUACUUUGGAGGCUCAUUCAUCAGAGGUCAUAGACAGACGAUGAAUACGCUUGCCUAUGCUAUCAAAUUCUGGUCGAAGGGGGAGAAGCAGGCGUAUUUCUUGAGGCAUGAGGGGUAUCUUGGUGCCGUUGGAGCGUUUUUGAGACGACAGCCCAGAGAUUGGGGUAGGAGGAGGAGUAGCUUUGGCUGA